AUUUAAUUUAUAAUAAUUGUAGCACCAUUUUUUUUGUCACUUAUAUAGAAAAAUAAAACAUUUCCAUUAUGUAUUAUCAAAUGUGUUUGCAUAAUGAUGGAGUAAAAUAUUAAUAAUUUCAAUAAAUCAUGAAUUGUUUCAAUUUUACGUUAUCUACGACCCUAGCACUAAUUUCAAUUCUUUUUAUAUAUCUUGUAUAUAUUCCUUGUUCAAAGAUAAAAAGAUUUUCAAACGAAAAGAAAAAUAUUUCGAAAGAUAUAAAAAAUGUUGUGCUUGACAGAUCCUCGAUAGAUGUCACUCUUAGUCGGCCGUUAUAUUGAUCAAGUUAGAUUUUCUAAGGACGCACGUUGAUAAGAUCUCAUAUUUGUCAAUUAUAUGCGAAAUUUAUUGCGAUAUCAAUAUAUUCAUUGAAACUAUUUUCAUUGAGUUUGCCGCGCGCCAUACGUGGAAUCUUAAUUUUUCGCCUAUGACGUCAUUUGUGAAUUACACAAGCGUCAUCGCUCAGUCUGUUGUGGAAAAUUUCAUCGAAUCCAUGGCAGCACCGAGUGAAAUCUGUUUUUCCUAAUAAAUACUUAAACAACGCAUCGAAAUACGUCGUGUUAUCCAGUGGAUGUUUUGUUAAUAGUGAUAUUAUUUUCAAGGAAUACUUCUUCAAACGAAGUGUGGUUAUAGUGCUUGAAAAGAAUUUAACAAUUUGUUGCAAUGUCGAUGCAGCAAUUCUGUUUACGAUGGAACAAUCAUCAACCAAAUUUCAUUUCGGUGUUUUCAAAUUUGUUAAAUAAUGAGACUUUGGUGGAUGUGACAUUAGCUGCUGAAGGCAGGCAUCUUCAAGCACACAAAGUUGUUCUAUCUGCAUGUAGUACAUAUUUUCAGUCAUUGUUUACUGUGAAUCCAUGUCAACACCCUAUUGUGAUAUUAAAGGAUGUAAAAUUCUCAGAUUUGAAAAUCAUAGUUGAUUUUAUGUACUAUGGUGAAGUAAAUAUAUCACAAGAUCAAUUAUCAUCUAUUAUAAAGACUGCAGAGAGUUUGAAAAUAAAAGGGCUUGCAGAAAUGCACAAUGCUUCUUUAACAAAAUGGCCAAGUGGUAGUAGUGAACCUGGAGGAGGAGAUCGUGGAGAAUCUUGUUCACCCAGUCCUUCUCCAUUGUCACCAUCCUUUCGAAGAAAGAGAUUACGAAAAUCAUCAACAGGGUCAACAUCUGGAUCUGGUGAUAAGCCAGAAGAAAUAAAUGAAAUUACUUUAGUUGCUACCAAUAUUGUAAAACCAGAACCAUUAAUAGUUUCACAAGAAAAUAAUGAAAAUAUAAGAAGACCUGUUAAUACAAAUACUGAAUCUCAAGGAAGCAUUGAUGAGGAUCAAAUAUCAAUUAUGAGUAAUAUGGAGAAUAGUUCAACAGCAACACCAGCACAAAGUGAUGGUUCGAUACAAGAUGUAAGUCAACAAUCAGGAGGAAAUGUAGCCCAAAGUUCAGUUCCUUCACAACCUCCUGCACAUCAAGGAUUGCAAUGGACUAUUAUGGAGCAUACAUAUCCACGUUUCGCUCUGUCUUCGUGUCAAACGAAUCUGUCGAUUCAAGCAUCAUCAGCUUUUACCACGCCCGAAAUAACAGCUUCUUCGACCAUCAGCGAUCAGUAUUCUGGUACCAGCACAACUGGUUCCAGUUGCGCCCUGACGAAUUAUCCGAAUUCCUCGCACGGGGGGACAUUGCAGCACACAUCGUCGAGCGGCCCUUCACCGUCGACACAGUGCCCGAGUAACUGCCAGAGCCCAUGCGCCAGUCCACAAACCGCAAUAAAGAGAAAACGAUCGACAAAUCCACAAGCAGAUGAGAACUUUAUCAGGGCGUUAGACGCCGUACGAUACGGUGGCAUAGGUUUCUGUAAAGCGGCUAGGAUGUUCGGUGUAAAUAAUCGAACACUUUGGUUGGAAUACAAAAAGCGCGGUUAUCCGAAUAAUCGACCCAGUUUGAAAUCGAGAGUUAAGCAAGAAGUGAAUUCCUCACCGCCACCAGCUCAGGCAGCGCAGCCGGUUAAUUCGCAGAGUCCUACGCCAAUGGGUCCCCCCACUACUCCACACAGUACACACAAUACCCAUAGCACGCAUACCAUGCUGACCACUCAUAGUCCUCAUACGAUGUUAAGCGGUUAUAUCGAUAGCAGACAUACGGAUUACGCAUUACCAAUUAUUUACGCGAAGCAGGUAGGUCCGAAGAGGUAUCGUCUGCUGCGCCAGCCACGCGUCAAGAAGGAGUCGAAUCACUUGUCGCCUGACAGCGAGGCGUCCUCCCCGCACAUCGUUUCCUCCCCCAUUUACGUGACGACCCCAACGCUCAGCUUGCCCCAAACGUCGAAAAGCUUGGACGAAACGAGAAUUUCCCCGUUGCCGCCGCAAUCGAUUCUGGUGAACCAGCCCAGCCUGUUGACAGUGACCACCACGACGAACCUGUUGACCGUACCUCAGCCGUCCUACCUGAUGAAGCAACAUUCCCACCCGCUCUUGCCCACCCAGCAGCAAUCAGGCAGUGGAAAUUAUUGGAUACACAGGCAACACUCGAAUCCGGAGUUCCCCAGAAGAACGACCAGCCCCUCGAUCGUGGUGGAACCGGCGCCUGUCAUCAAAACGGAGGAGGACAUUCUGGAGGAUCCAAUUGCCACUACCACCACUACUACCUCGACCACCGAUAGCACCACCACAGCUGGCUCCACGUCGGGGCUGAGGGUGAAAACUACGGAGCUUAGACGGAGUUCAUCGUCACCGCAAACAACGAGCAGGGAGACGCGCGAUAACACGGGGGAUCUACGUGUCGGCCAUUGUCCAGUAUUGCGUCCAGGGCCGGCACUGCGCUGUAAUCAUUGUUGGAACACGAUAGACGCCCAAGGGAGGACGCUUCGUAGGAAAACAAAGUAUCAUUGCCCCCAGUGUCAGGACAACCUGUGCAUCGUACCCUGUUUCCAAGAGUAUCACGAGCGGCGAGAAUUGAAGUUGAAACCUUUACCGAAAACGAGUUCGGUCUAACGCGUUUUUGUAAAUAUAUCACUCGUUUUUGAAUCGUGACACCACGUGGUUUUAACUGGCAUAAGAAUCGAAUCGAUAAUCGUCGAUUCUAACCUUUGUGACCUUUCGUCCAGGCUCGAUUAUUUUUGUAGUGUAUCUCUAGGGAUACAACUCGGUUCCCCACGAUGCCAUAAAAUUAACCCGAAAGAAGUUUUGAAAGAAAGUUGGAAUGGAUCGUUUUUUUAAGAGAUAUUUCGAGCGUGAGAACCGAUGGUUUUCUUUCAUUGUAUUGUUGUUGUUCGUCUGAAUGAUAUUUUGAAAAGAAUGGAAAAAAGAAGAAUUGAAAAUGAAAGUUCCUAAAGAUAUUAGUAGAAUGAUACUGUUGAAGAUUUUUAAAUUAACGAGACACGAAUUUGUUUGUAAUUAGAAGUUUAUUCGGGCUUUUAAGUAGUAAAAGUAAAAGAAUAAUAUUAAUUUAUGUUAUAUUCGAUAUGCUGUAUCGAAAUUGAUUAUAUGUUUCUUAUUAUUCAUUCACACAAUGAAUAUAUUUCUAACUUUUAACUUUUUCGAAUAUAAAAAUAUAUGCGUUGAUAAUUUUAAUAUUAAAUUGUAAAAUAAUUUUUGUUUACAAACACAAAUAUUUGAAUAUUUGAAUUACAAUUUCCGAAAGAAACUUCUCUUCUUGAAUGAUUUUAAACAAUUUUGAAACAAACGUAUAUAGGUGAACAGUGAAAGUUUUAUAUAGAAUGAUAUAAAAUUAUUGCUAAAUUUUGCUGCAUAUUAAAAAUAGACGAGAAAAAGACAAGUUGUCUUUCUACUUAAAAGGUAGAAAUAGUACUUAAUCUAUAAUGCACUUAAUUAAACCAUUAACUCGGAUCAAACUCAGGCUUAAUCAGACUAAAAGAUCAUCAAUUAAUUUUAACAAACUUGAAUCUAACUUAAUACAAAUAUAAAUAUAUCAGAAUACUUAUUUAUUAGUUUGAUUCAGUAGAAAUAACUUAAGCUUGGCUAAUCAUACAACAAGAAAAUUAAAAUUUAAUUUGAACUGUUAAUAAAUAUAUUCAACGCAGAUAAUUCAAACAAUCAAUGGGAAUAACCAAUAGCUUCAAAUUUAGUUUUUCUCUAAUUCAAGAUUAAUUUAAUCUGGAAUCACAAGAAAUUAAAACUUAUCUGGUUAAUUAAAGUUAUUAAUCAUCUUUCUUAAGAAGAUUUUUCUUUUAACAAAGGACAGAAAUUUAAUAAUAAAAAAAAAAAAAGAAAAAAAAACAAUGUCGUUUAGAAGUCAGUGUCUACACCACCUUGUAUGUAACCACUGUGUAACCUCUGGUAAGAUUUCUUGAUUAAAAAUCGUAUUGCCCGUUUCACGAAAAGCAUCCAAGAAUUUCCUAAGGGAGUAAACAAAGUUUGUUUGAAGGGAACGUCCCUGCGAGACGCGGAAACAGCAAGGGAUGUUCCUUUGAGGAUGUCGAGCGUCGCAAAUAUUAACACGAGAAGACGAUGAGGACUGGUUUUACGUGCUGGAAUUGAAACGAAGAUGGUAGAAUCUCACGGUAUCCCGCUUUUUCUCCAGGAAUAUCCAGGUAUUUACCCACCCUUUCCCCCCCUCUUUUAUAAUCCUACAAGAUUCCUCGAUUCUGUCCUGUUCCAUUGAAAUUGUGUCUAGACAAAAAAAAAAAAAAAGAAAAAUAGAAAAA